AAAACAGAGCGAGAGAAAGAGGGUGAGAGUGAGAGUGAGAGGAAGAGAGAUUUAGUGAUCUAAUAGUGGUUCUAGAUCUCCGUUUUCAUCUAUGAAAUCAUCUUAGUUCUUCAUUUCCAUUCAAAUCUACAAAAUUUGGUUUGGAAAAAUCUCUGGAAUUCCAAUGGAUUCCAGUGAUGUGAUUCUAUUCAUUCCAGGAGAAACAUCAGCUCCGGUUUCAUCAAGGAUGGCAUCUUCGGACGAAUCCGGGAAGCCGGAGAUUUCCAAGGGUUCAGUUUACUCUAACCCUAGGAAACCCCUCAAAACUCCCAAGAAUCCAGAUGGAGAUGGCUUGUGCCAACGGAAACAAGUUCCAAGCUCGGCAUACUGCAAACCAAAGUCUCGAUUUGUCGAGAAAAUGGUUCUGGUUCCUAGUUCCAACGAUGAUGAUGAUCUAGCAAUCGUCAAAGAUUCUUCUUUCCGUGGUUCGCCUCUUGACAGGGUGAAUAGCAAGCUCAAAAAGAACCCUUCCGCUUUUGAAGAGAAGGUUGAGGAUGUUGAGAUUUAUAGAAAAGAGGUAUUCACAAAAGGUGUGAAGAAAUGGAGGAAGAUUAAAUUUAGGGUUUUUCUUGAAUGGGGCAUCUUGUUAUUGUCCACGGGGUGUUUGAUCGCUAGCCUCACUGAACGCAAGUUGCAAAAUUUUGUGAUUUUUGGGCUGGAGAUUUGGAAAUGGUGUUUGAUGGUGACUGUGACGUUUUGUGGGAGAUUGGUUACUCUCUGGUUGAUGACUGUUCUUGUCUUCGUGAUUGAGAAGAACUUCCUCCUUAGGACGAAGGUUUUGUAUUUCGUUUAUGGGUUGAAGAAUAGUGUUCGAGUUUGCAUUUGGUUGAGUUUGAUCUCGCUUUCUUGGUUUUUGCUAUUUGGUCAGGGAGUUCAGCGAUCGGCAAAGACCGAAAAGGUUCUUUUUUAUGUUUCUCGGAUUCUUAUUUCAUUGUUGAUUGGAUCGGUGAAUUGGGUGGUGAAGAUUAUUUUGGUGAAGAUAUUGGCUUCAAGUUUUCACAUGAAUAAGUUCUUUGAUAGAAUUCGGGAAGCUUUCUUCAAUCAAUAUGUGCUUAAGAUGUUGUCGGGGCCUCCAGAGAAUGAACUGGCCGAGAAGGUUGGGAAGAGUAAGAGCACCGGGCAGUUGAGCUUCCGGAGUGGGGGAAAGACGAAAGGAAGGGUGGAGGAGGAGGUGAUUGAUGUCACCAGCCUUCAUAAGAUUAGUCAAGACAAGGUCUCGGAUUCUGUAAUGAAGAGGCUUAUUGAUUUGAUUUCCGACUCGGGCCUAUCUACUAUUUCGAAUAUUAUUGAUGAAACCUUUGAGGAGGCUGAUCAGAAAGAUACACAGAUAAAUAGUGAGCAUGAAGCUUACGUUGUCUCUCAAAUGGUCUUUAAGAAUGUCGCAAAGCCUGAUUACAAGUAUAUCGAGGAGGAGGAUCUUCUGAGGUUCUUUAACAAGGAUGAGGUGCAUGAUGUUCUUCUCUUGUUUGAAGGUGCUGCAGGAACCGGCAAGAUCAAAAGAUCAGCCUUGAAGAACUGGGUGGUCAAGGCGUAUCUUGAUCGAAAAUCGCUUGCUCACUCAUUGAAUGAUAGCAGAACAGCAGUUAAACAACUGCACAAACUCGCAACAGGGAUCGCCAUUAUUGUCAACAUUGUCAUCACACUAUUACUUUUGGGCUUUGCGACCACAAAAGUACUUGUGGUUCUAUCAUCUCAGCUACUUGUGGUGGUUUUCAUGUUUGGGAACACCUGCAAGACGGCAUUUGAAGCUAUCAUUUUUGUAUUUGUGGUCCAUCCUUUCGAUGUUGGCGAUCGUUGUCUUAUAGAUGGUGUACAGAUGAUUGUCGAAGAGAUGAAUAUACUGACAACUGUCUUCUUGAAAUACAACAAUGAGAAGAUAUACUAUCCAAACUCUGUAUUAGCAACCAAACCAAUAAGCAACUUUUACCGAAGCCCCGACAUGAGUGAUUCCGUUGAAUUCUGUAUCGAUGUGGCAACUCCAAUUGAUUGUAUUGGGAAUCUUAAAGAGAGAAUAACAAUGUACUUAAAUAGCAAACCAAAUCACUGGCAUGAAAACCAUAGUCUUGUAGUGAAAGACAUUGUGGAUUUGAACAAGUUAUACAUGGCCCUCUAUGUUCAACACACUUUGAAUUUUCAAAACAUGACGGAUAGGAACAUCCGAAGAUCUGAUUUAGUGCUUGAACUAAAGAGAAUUUUCGAAGAUCUCCGCAUUAGAUACAACCUCCUUCCCCAAGAUGUUCAUCUUAGUUACAAAGGAACAAUUCCACCGGCUAUACCUUUUAUUCAAACUUCUCCGAAUUCUCAAUGAUCAGAUUGAUUUAUUGACAUGAAUGUGAAAUUAAGCUGUUGAUGAGGUGCAAUCUGAGAGAGAGAGAGAGAGAGAGAGAGAGUCAGAGA